AUGAUAGCUUCAUCAUCGUCUGUUCGAGUGGCAGUGAGAAUUCGACCUCUCACAGAGAAUGAAAAGCAGCAUUGUCAAAAUAAUGCAAUUGCAUUUAUACCAGACAACCAGCAGCAGAUCAUUGUAGGCGGAGACAGGCCAUUCACGUUUGAUUAUGUGUAUCCACCCACGUCGUCGCAGCAAGAUGUGUACAAUUCAUGCGUUAUUCCUCUGCUCAACAAGUUUAUCAAAGGCUACAAUUCCACCAUAUUAGCAUACGGCCAAACAGGAAGUGGAAAGACUUACAGUAUGGGCAUUGGCCUCGACUCGGUCAUGAAUGCGUCUACCAAUGAUGGCAUUGUUCCAAGAUUUAUUGAUUCGCUGUUUUGCUCUCUGGAAUCCAAGAGAUCACAGAAUUACUCUUUUCAAGUUUGUGUCUCCUUUCUGGAGCUGCACAACGAGGAUCUUGUCGAUCUCUUGUGUCCCAAUGUCAAAAGCAGAAGAGAAGGCCUCAACUUGACAAUACGAGAAGACAGCCAUGGCAAUAUAUGCUGGUCUGGUGUCAGAGAGGAAAGCGUUUCCAACACAACCGAGCUGAUGGGCCUGAUACGAAAGGGAUCCAUUGCACGCACCACAGCGUCAACAGACAUGAACAGCACUUCCUCAAGAUCUCACGCUAUAUUCUCAAUUAUACUCAAGCAGUUUCAGGUCGAAUCAGCAGACGAGACGCUUGUUGAAAACACAGCCUUACCUGACCACACGAAUGCAUCCAGUUCAGCAGCACAGACGACAAAGCGAUUGGUGUCAAAGUUCCAUUUUGUGGACCUGGCUGGAUCAGAAAGGCUGAAAAGAACUAAUGCCGUGGGAGACAGGGCAAAAGAGGGCAUCUCUAUUAAUACCGGUUUAUUAGCAUUGGGGAACGUUAUUUCGGCCUUGGGGGAUGAGUCUCGUCGUGUGUCUCAUAUACCAUAUCGGGACUCCAAGCUAACAAGACUCUUGCAAGACAGCUUGGGUGGUAAUAGUCAAACAUUGAUGCUAGCAUGUGCCUCACCUGCCGAUGCCAACAUGACAGAGACAUUGAAUACACUGAAAUAUGCUAAUAGAGCUAGGAAUAUCCGCAAUAGAGUUAUCAUCAAUCAAGAAAUAGGAGAAUCAGAUCGUCUCAAGGCCACCAUCACGCGGCUGAAAGAGGAACUCAGGGGCACAGAUGAUUUUCUUCGUGCAGUGAAUGAUGAGAUGGACAGCCUCAAGUCCCAAGUGGGGUCCCUUCAUCAUACACUAGAUCAAACAACUUUUGAACUGGCCUCGGUCAAGUAUGAGCGCGAUACCUACAAGCAUCAGUUGAGAGGUAGUGGUCAGCCGUUUGUUCAAGAGGCACUCAUUCAAGAGUAUGCAAAUACGAUUGAAUCACUGCGAAGAGAGCUACUCCAAUCACAGCAGCUACUCAAUCAACAACAACAACAGCAGCAGUCUGCUGCAUUAUACGCCACCUCACUACAGAUUGAUCAUAUCGAUUCAUCGGCUACCUUGGUCGGAUCAACCCAUUCCUACACCAGUGCCUCACAAUCACCCCUGCUUGGCAAGGAGAGUCCUUCAGAGAAAACGAAUAGAAAAAAGAAGCACAGCUACAAAUUUGGCAGUAAAAGAUCAAAGACAAUCCGACGAAGAAGCAUCUCUUCAUUGACGCUAAGCAGCAAUACAACAUCACCGAAGCAAAUGCGAGGCGUCGACAUUUUGACUCAAAAGAGCGUGAAUGAACUGAAUGAAAACCCGAUCUUACAAGAAGCCAAAAAGAGCAUGCAAAAAGAGACAGAGUUCCUCCAAUCUGCCAGGAUCUCAAUAGCUCAUCAAAAUAGCACUUCAUGGGAGUUCAAAACCAACGACAUGGGCCAAAACCCUAAAUCACUACAAUAUAGAAGACGCACAGUAGACAUUACGCCACCCACAAUUCCUGUAGCAGCCGUAUUACAAAACGAUUAUAUCAGCGAGAACAAGCGACUCUUGCAAAAGUUAAGCAGUGCCAUCGAGAGCAAGCAUCUGUUGAUCCGCCAAUUAGAGAAAUGCGAAAAACUACGCGUAGAUCAAGUAAAACAAUUGAACCGCAAACUGCAAGACAUUACUGCCAAAAAGACAACAGUUGUUUCGCAGUACAAGCGCGAACUAGCAGAGCUACGAAACCAAUACGAAUGCCGCAUCAAAAAGCAACAAGUAGAGCAGCAAACACUACGACGCAAGCACAUGCAAUUGAUCGGCAAAUCAGAUACAAUGCGAAACCAGAAUCAGUCAGUAAUAGAUCAAUUGAACAGAAACAUGGAAAAACUGACGCACGAAAAGAAGAAACUGAUCAAGCGAUUGAAAUUGGAAUCUGACAGAGCACGAGAGAAGGCGUUGGAGAAUGGCAAGGAGACUUCAAAGAUGAAGAGACAAGAAGCACAGCUUGUCUCGGCCAGAAAACGAUUGGAAAGAGAACUUUUGCAGCAGAAAUCAGCGUCAAAACGAGCUACAGAAGAGAUUGUUGCACUGAAUGGACAGAUGAAGCAAAUUGCUGUCAUUUUGAAGAAAGUGUUGGCUAAUCAGGGCAAGAAAGCACUAGCUGGAAGUGCUGUUACGGAUCGCAACUUGUUGGCCAAGGCAGCAGCGUGUGCCAAUGUCAGAGGGUACCUUGUGAAACAAAACGCUGUUAAAAAGGUCGGCGGCAAGUUUAAGGUUACAUCUUUGCAACAACAAGUGUAUCAGAAAAAGAAGCUUAUUCACAGGGCUAUUACACUGUAUGUGAGAAACCAGUCCAAUGCAAAAGUGAGUGAAGAGCUGAUACAAAAGCGAGAUAGGCUUAGAGAAGAGCAAAGAGAGCUCUUGGCAGAACGGCAGUUGAUCUUGAAGGAAGAGCGAAAAUCAAGCACAGAAUGCACUUUGAAUGAACCUCAGUAUAUGGAUGAACGCAUUGAUCUUAUCACACUACAAGUCGACACAUUGAACCAACAGAUUUCACAUAUCUUGGAGCAAAAGCAAUCUGAUGACGAUGAACUAGACGAAAAGAACUGGAUGGACAUCAUAGACAAAGACCUUCAGAUUGAUUUCUUUGACCCUGCGACAGACUCACAGGUAGCAUACGAAAUUGCGCUCUCACUGAUUCGAUCCAUGCAGCCUGAAGAAGCUCGACUUAUAUCAGAAUCUUUACUAGAGGAUAUCAUAUUAUUGAAAACAGAUCAAUCAACCAGUUCAACACUUGUGCGUCAUUUGAACAGCAUGCUGUAUUCAUUGCAAACAGGGCUUGUGCAGAUGAGAAGAGCAGUGAUGCCAUCCGAGCCAACAUGGCGACAGUUGUCAUGUAGUGUUGCCACGACAACAGCAGCUGUAGCAGCACCUGAUACCAUCAAAGCCGCAGAUUUGCUGACACCACUGGACUCUGUGUUCAUCAAGGUAUUAUCCAGACCUGUAGAUAUUAGAUCUGGACUGGUGUUACCCAAAUAA